CGCAUUUUGAACUGCGUACAAACGGACGCGGACCGCGAGAGCAGAGUGAGGGGACGCGCCGGCGGCUCUACGGCAGGUUUUCACUUGUUUUAAACUCUCACAGCGGCCAUCGAGGCAGAGUGGGAUCUAACGAUGAGAAAGAGCGAGGUGCUCGCAUCGGAGGCCGUGACGUGCCUGAACAAAGCGCUGUGCCACCUGAAGGACAUCUGGGAGGAGAUCGGCAUCCCGGAGGACCAGAGACUGCAGAGGACCAAUGUCGUCAAGAACCACAUCAAGAGUUUGCUAGAAAUGAUGAUUAAAGAGGAGGAAUCUCUGAAGACGAGGCUCAUUAGCAGCAUUCAGAGCUGCAGGACAGAAAAGGAGCAACUCUUCCUGGAGCUUCAGCUGCCGGUGUUUGAGGAGGAGACCGGCAUCACCAUGCUGCAGCAGGAGAAGAACAUCCGCACGCAGGUGGGGGCUCUGCUGAAGGAGAAGGCCCAGCGGAUGCAGCAGCUGAAGGAUCUGCUGGAGCAGGACCAGGACCUGUGCGACAUCCUGUGCUCGGCGCCGUACGGCAUCCAGCCGGACUCGGUCCCCACGCCGGAGCAGCUGCAGAGCUUCAGCCAGCACAUCGCCAACCAGAACGCCGAGAAGGCCCGGCGGUACGCCGAGUUCAUGGACCUCAAGCGGCGGAUCAUCGUGUACAUGGGAGAGCUGGACCACGUCCCCGAGACCAGCUUCGAGAAGGACGUCGUCUGCGAGGACGAGGACUCUUUUUGCCUCUCAGGAGACAACAUCAUGUCUCUCAAACUGCUGGUUUCCCAGCUGGAGGAGCAGAAGGCGGAGAACGAGGCGAGGUGCGAGGCCCACCGGCAGCAGAUCCAGCGGCUGUGGGGCCGACUGGACGUUCCUCGGGAGGAGCGGGAGGCCUUCGGCGAGCACAUGGUCGCGUCCAGGAGGAGGAACCUGGAAGCGCUACGGGCAGAAGUUCAGCGCCUGGAGGAGCUGAAGCUGCUGAACAUCCGCAACGUGACGGACGCCAUCCGCGCCGAGAUCGCCGCGUUCUGGGAGAAGUGCUUCCUCAGCACCGACCAGCGGGAGGCCUUCGCUCCCUACUUCAGCGAGGUCUUCACCGAGGAGCUGCUGAGUCUGCAUGAGGCUGAGCUCCAGCGCCUGAAGCAGCACCACGAGGACCACCGGGAGCUCUUUGAAGGCGUCCACCAGUGGGAGGACAGCUGGAGGCUCUUCCUGCAGCUGGAGAAAAAAGCCAACGAUCCGACGAGGUUCACCAACCGAGGGGGGAAUCUCCUCAAAGAGGAGAAGCAGAGGUCCGAGCUGCACAAGAGUCUUCCCAAACUUGAAAAGAAGCUGAAGGCCCAGAUGGACGCGUGGGAGAGCGAACAGGGCCGCGAGUUCCUGGUGAAGGGGGAGAAGUUCCUGGUGUACGUGGAGGAGCAGUGGGAGCUGCACCGAGUAGACAAAGAGAAGGAGAAACUAGAGCGGCAUCUGAAGAAGAGCAAGCAGACGGAGGAGGACAUGCUGUACGGGACGGCGGUGCGGACCCCCACCAAGCGCAGACUCCUCGGCACUCCGACGCCGACCAAGAGCCGAAAGUUUAACGCGACCUCAAGCAUCUCCAGCGCCGCCUCCAACAGCACCAGCCGCUCCGUCUACGGAGGAACGCUCUGCCGCUCGCCCGCGCCCCGCCCCCCUCUGUCGGCUAACAAGGCUCCGGCGUCGCGGACCCCCGGCGGCGGCAGACCGCACAACCCUCGGCUGCAGGGCUGCAACAAGGAGAACGAGGCCCAGCUGAAGGGGGGGGCUCUGAGCGGUGCGUUGCUGACCCCCGCUAGUCCCCAGCGCAGCUUCAGCGUGGCGUCCGUAGCCAGCACGUAUUCCGAGUUUGUGCGAGACCUUUCCAAGGCCUCCAACGCCAAGAUCCAGCACGACAUCCUGAACUCCACCACCUCUAACCUCUGACCUCUCCGCCCGAGCCGCCUCUCACAGCCGCACGCUUUAAUGAGUAGAUGAAGGUAAUAAUAUAUAAAGUGUUAAGUCGGUGGAUGAACACGGACUCUGAUCAAUUAAACUCACACUACUUUAGCUCUCAACAUGUUGCCAGUUAUCAAGAUGUAAAUUAACGUUUGCAUUUCGUACCGCACCUUUUUUUUUUUUUGUAAAGAAACGAAAGAAAUUCUGUUUUUCUGAUGUUCUGCAAUCCAGGGUUACAAGGCCAAAUGUAUUGAGAAUGUUUUGCACUUUUUUUAGAAAAAAAUCUAUAUUUGCAGCGCAUCGUGAAACAUUAAACACGCUCUCACUGUUCCAUCCAAAUGUGGGUCUUUUGUGGGGUUUUAUACACAUUUAUGUAUCUUUGUAGAUAUUUCUGCGUCCGCUGUUCCCUUCACAAUAACCAACAGGAGUGAUUAAACAACGCUCGAUAUCGGAGCUGUUUGAAUUUAGUCAACACUCUACCAUGGCUGAUUAUGGAAAAUAUAAUAAAUGUAUUUUCACUUUAA